AUGGAAAUCGAACAGUUGUCCGCGUGCGCGUCCGACGGCCAGCACUUCACCACGACCAUCAGGACGUCCACGAGGAGGAACAACAGCCCCGUCCUGAGCAAGUUCACGCCCAUGGUCUACUCCAUGCUCGCGGUCGACCCCACGGCGGCCUUUGACAACUUCAUCGUGUGGGUGAACAGGAUCAUGAACCAGCACAGCAACGGCACUGCUACCCACUCCGACGUCGUGCUCGUCGCCCACAACGGCAUGUGCCACGACCACGUGAUCCUGUUCAGGGCCAUGAUGAUGUGGGGCAUCACCCCGCCGUUGUGGAGGUUGUCCGACUCGUUGCCCAUCUUCAAGCUCGUGGUGAGGCCGAACCCGAACCAGUCUUCAACCUUGUCCCAGCUCGCGCACGAGUACGUGCCCUGGUUCGUCCACGUGCAGCACGACGCACUCAGCGACUCGAACGCCCUGAGGCACGUGGUCAUGUCCGCAGUCCCGAACUGGCGCUUGGCCUGCUACUCGUUCAGCUCCUCGUUCGAGUACUUCUCCAAGUCUGUGGGCUUCAACACGUACAGGGUCAGGCCCUCGCUCCCGUUCCCGGACAGCCCCUAG